AUGGCGAUCUUAGCCAUUCUGGGACGGAAUGAUGCUCGAACAACCAUUGGUCGCGAGAAACGUUCACAUUCACAAUGCAAUUGCGAUGAUGUGCCCAACGACUGUCCGAUAGGAAAUGCAGGGCCUCCGGGUGCACCUGGAGAAGCAGGUGAAGACGGAACCAAUGGCGAACCAGGAAGCCCAGGAGCCUCAGGGGUCGCCAUGUUCUAUCCCAACAUAUCAGCUGUAUGCAUCAAAUGUCCAAGUGGAGGACCAGGCCCUGCCGGCCUUCAGGGACCUCAAGGACCCGUUGGACCAAAAGGGCAACCAGGAAGACCAGGAGCACCAGGAAAUGAUGGACAACCUGGAGCACCAGGACCUGACGGAGAUGUUGGAGAACGAGGAGAACCAGGAUUGACUGGCCCUCCUGGAGAUCCUGGGGAGGAUGGAGAACUAGGAUAUGGUGCACCAGGACCACAAGGACCUGCCGGGCCCCCUGGACCGGCAGGGCAACCCGGACCAAAAGGACCACCGGGUGAAGAAGGACUGAGUGGUCUCCAAGGAAUGCCUGGAGCUCCAGGAUCGGAUGGGCACCCCGGAGCGCCCGGAACUCCGGGACAGGCAGGAUGGUCGGGCCUAUUGGGAAGUGAUGCCGCCUACUGCCCGUGUCCACAUCGCACAGCUAACAUCAACAGCAUGGCUCAAUUCCAGAUUUACUUAUGA